AUGUCAAGCUUCAGUUCCUACAAAACGGGCAAGGAUGCUACAGCAGGCGUUGGCGACCGGGGGGCCGCCGUAGGGCACCCCUUGCUGCAGAAUGAGUACAAGUACUUCCAGAGAAUGACUAGCACAUCCCAUGUGGAAGGUAAACAGAAUGCCCUGAUAAUGGGUAAAAAAACCUGGUUCUCCAUUCCUGAGAAGAAUCGUCCUUUAAAAGACAGAAUUAAUAUAGUGCUCAGCAGGGAGCUCAAGGAAACCCCAAAAGGAGCACAUUAUCUUUCCCAAAGUCUGGAUGAUGCUUUAGCUCUUUUGGAUUCACCAGAGUUAAAAAGUAAAGUAGACAUGGUUUGGAUCGUCGGAGGCACUUCAGUUUACAAGGCAGCGAUGGAGAAGCCAAUUAAUCAUCGAUUGUUUGUAACAAGAAUUUUGCAGGAAUUUGAAAGCGACACAUUUUUUCCAGAAAUUGACUACAAAGACUACAAACUUCUCACUGAAUACCCAGGUGUCCCUGCUGAUAUCCAAGAAGAGAAUGGCAUCCAGUACAAAUUUGAAGUGUAUGAAAAAUCUGUCCUGGCACAAUAAAUGAGGCUUUCUGUACUUCUGUGUAAGGGCAGGCAUUUUAAAUCAUGAAGUCUUAUUGAGUCCAAAUACAUAUUAAAUUAUUGAGAUAAAAUCCUGCUUGGUAGUACAAUACCUCCGUAGUGAAUGAUUCCAAAAAACACACCCCACACUCUGAAUACACACCCUGCAGUGGAAAUACGAAGGUGGUCAGCAGCAU